GCCUCACAGCUCUGUGUCCACUCCAUUUGUGUACAAAUUGAAUCAGCAUCACUCCGAUUCUCUCGCGUCUGAUUUUCAUUUCAAGUUCUAAUCCCCACAAAUAGGAGAAUUUUAGGUCAGGAAUUUCUAAUUACUACGCCACUUUAGAUCUCAAUGGGGAAACCGAGAUAACAGAAAUUGCCCAGCAUGAGAGAAAGGGUUGAAGACACUCUUUCCGCUCACAGAAACGAACUCGUCGCUCUCCUUUCCCGAUAUGUGGCGCAGGGGAAGAGUAUACUUCAGCCCCAUCACCUGAUAGACGAGCUAGAAAACAUCUGCGUUGAUUCUGCAAAGGAAACUCUAAGUGAUGGCCCUUUCAGCGAAGUUUUGAAGUCUGCUCAAGAAGCUAUUGUUUUACCACCUUUCGUUGCUAUAGCUAUUCGGCCGAGGCCCGGUGUUUGGGAGUUUGUGCGGGUCAAUGUGUAUGAACUCAGUGUCGAGGAGUUGAAGGUUUCUGAAUAUCUACGUUUUAAAGAAGAUCUAGUUGAUGGGGAGAAGGAUGAUCCCUAUUUUCUUGAACUGGACUUUGAGCCCUUUAAUGCAUCAUUUCCUCGCCCUACUCGAUCUUCAUCAAUUGGCAACGGGGUUCAAUUCCUCAAUCGCCAUCUUUCUUCAAUCAUGUUUCGGAACAAAGACUCUCUCGAGCCAUUACUUGAUUUCCUAAGGGUACACAAGCAUAAAGGCCAUGUUUUGAUGUUGAAUGAUCGGAUAGGGAGGAUCUCCCAGCUUGAGUCUGCUUUGGCGAAGGCUGAGGAUUAUGUUAACAAACUAUCACCAGAAACACCUUAUUCAGAGUUUGAAUUCGCAUUGCAAGGAUUGGGUUUCGAGAGAGGUUGGGGAGAUACUGCUGGACUGGUUGUUGAGAUGAUGCAUCUCCUCUCUGACAUCCUUCAGGCUCCUGAUCCUUCGACUCUGGAAAAUUUCCUCGGCAGAAUACCCAUGGUGUUUAAUGUUGUCAUUUUAUCGAUACAUGGAUAUUUUGGCCAAGCAAAUGUCCUGGGUCUGCCUGACACAGGUGGUCAGAUUGUGUAUAUACUAGAUCAAGUGCGGGCCCUGGAAACUGAGAUGAUCCAAAGGAUUAAGAAGCAAGGACUGAAUAUUAAACCUCGAAUUCUGAUUGUUACUCGAUUAAUUCCUGAUGCAAAAGGCACCUCGUGCAACCAGAGACUGGAGAAGAUAAGUGGUUGUGAGUACUCUCAUAUUUUACGUGUUCCUUUUAAAACAGAGAACGGGAUACUUCGCCAAUGGAUUUCGAGAUUCGAUGUCUGGCCUUAUCUCGAGAAGUUUGCAGAGGAUGCUGCUGGUGAAAUUGCUGCUGAACUGCAAGGUGUACCAGAUCUAAUUAUUGGAAACUAUAGUGAUGGAAAUCUUGUAGCUUCGUUAUUAUCCCAUAAGAUGGGAGUCACAGAGUGUACCAUUGCACAUGCCUUGGAGAAAACUAAAUAUCCAGAUUCCGACAUAUAUUGGAAAAAGUAUGAGGAAAAAUAUCACUUCUCAUGUCAGUUCACUGCUGAUCUACUAGCCAUGAAUCAUUCUGAUUUUAUUAUCACCAGUACAUACCAAGAAAUUGCUGGAACGAAGAACUCUGUUGGUCAAUAUGAGAGUCAUACAGCUUUCACUCUCCCUGAUUUGUAUCGUGUUGUACACGGAAUCGAUGUUUUUGAUCCUAAGUUCAAUAUAGUUUCUCCGGGAGCUGAUGAGAGCAUAUACUUCCCCUACACUGAGGAGGCAAAGCGACUCACUUCUUUCCAUGAAUCCCUUGAAAAGCUUAUAUAUGAUCUUGAACAGACUGAUGAGCACAUUGGUACACUGAAAGAUCCAUCAAAGCCCAUAAUAUUUUCAAUGGCAAGGCUCGAUCGAGUGAAAAACAUCACAGGACUAGUGGAAAUGUAUGGUAAAAAUCCGAAGCUUAUGGAGUUGGCUAAUCUUGUGGUGGUGGCUGGUUACAAUGAUGUAAAGAAAUCAAGUGAUAGAGAAGAAAUAGUAGAAAUUGAGAAGAUGCACGCCCUCAUUAAGGAAUACAACUUGGAUGGCCAUAUAAGGUGGAUAUCAUCGCAGACAAAUAGAGCCCGUAAUGGGGAGCUCUACCGCUACAUAGCUGACAAGAGAGGGAUUUUUGUUCAGCCUGCAUUCUAUGAAGCAUUUGGGCUAACAGUGGUCGAGGCUAUGGGUUGUGCCCUCCCGACUUUUGCUACUUGCCAUGGCGGUCCGUUGGAAAUCAUCGAAGAUGGUAUAUCUGGAUUUCAUAUAGAUCCGUACCAUCCAGAUAAAGCUGGAGCCCUGAUGGCAGAUUUCUUCCAAAAAUGCAAAGAAGAUCCUAACUACUGGGUGACUAUAUCAGAAGGAGGUCUUCGCAGGAUUAUGGAAAGGUAUACGUGGAAGAUCUACUCCGAGAGGUUGAUGACCUUAGCUGGUGUGUACGGUUUCUGGAAAUACGUCUCCAAACUUGAGAGGCUUGAAACUCGCCGGUACCUUGAGAUGUUCUACAUCCUCAAAUUCCGCCCGCUGGUAAAAUCGGUUCCUUUGGCUGUGGACGGUUCAUCUUGAGAUCUAUUGAAAGUAAAGCUAAGGUUGUGCAAGAAUAAGCAGCUAUGUAUGUAUUGUUUUUUACUACUGUGAUCGACGAGAAUGGCCAUUGCUGACCUAAUGUUGCUCUGUAGAAAGUGUUGUUGGCAUCUAAUGUAAAUUAAGUUAUACUCCAAUAAAUAAGUGAGUUUCAACUGUGUAAAUACAAAUACUUUCAAAACUACUAAUAUCGUGUGCAAUAACAUCUUAUUACUUUGACUGCC